AUGGCCACGAGCCUUUUGUGGGACUGGUGCAGGGGGCUGGCCGUGGACGUGCACCAGGAGCUCCUGGUCACCGGCAUCCCGGAGGACCUGGAGCAGGCAACCAUCGAAACCGUCCUGCAGCCGGUCUUCUUGACCCUGGGCACGUUCCGGCUGCGGAACAGGAGGGCUGUGAGGGACGAGAAGGCCAAGGCCGCUCUGACGGAGUUUGUGGAGGACAUUAAUCAUAACGCCACCCCCUGGGAGGUCCCGGGCAAGGACGGCGUCUAGAGGGUUCUGCGCAGAGGACAACAGAGCCCUGAGGCAGAUGAAUGAAAAGCCCCACAGGCCGCAGUGACCAGGGCCCCCGAGGACACGCCCACCCCUCCUGCUUCAGAGACCCAGGCUCUGGGGUUGGAGCCGGUGGUGAGGGUGGCUGGCCCUCCUGGUGCAGCCAAAGAUGCUAGGAGGGGCCGUCAUCGCAGAAACAGAACCAGCGGCAGCAGGCUGACCCAGAAGGGCAAGAAAAAGGGCCUUGGAGGGCGGCCAUCGUCGGGGAAGCGGGAGUCCGAAGACUCUUCCAACGAGAGCCUGGGCAUCCUGAUCGAGGAGAUGGACGAGGAGGACUUGAGCAGGAAUGACGAUCAGUACGCCACACUGCAGGCCUCUGCGAGGGAGAUCCUUAGAAAGUGGGCCCUCCAGAGCGAAGGAGAUGAUGGAGACGGUCCCCGCGAGUUCUUGGCCCUGGCAAGGUGACGGACAAAGCCAAGAAGAGGGAGAUGGAGAAAGAUCCCCCCUGGGGCCGAGUCGAUCAGCCUGAACAUCAAAAAAGGCCGGGGCGAAAUCCCAGACUUAGUGGCCCUACUCAGAGACACGUCGGACGAAGAGACCCUGGGCAGCGACGCCUCCCAAAGAGAAUCUCAGGAAAACGGGGACCAAGAAAAAGAGGGGGUAGACAAUGCCAUUUGUGGCUUAUACAGACUCCGAGAACCCCUCCGCCGGGGGACGAGAUGUUUGAAAAUCGCUUCUGUGAUCUGGUCGCUGGGCUGGAGCAACAAGAAAGACAAGAAAGAUGCCCUGCCCGAGGUCUCAUACGUCAGGGCCAAGGACACUUCCGAAACCCGCGUGAAGGUGGAGGAGGCAGGCAGCCAGGUGGGCGCCGUGGUCCUGAAGGCCAACGACGACGGGCACCUGCGGGGAUGCAUCUCCACCAUGGCUGAGCCCCAGACCCCCUCCAAGGGGAAGAAGGCUCCCCGCGGCCCGCGGGCGGGCUGGGGUGAGGACGAGGAAGAUGAGGUUGGCCUCCUGGAGCUGGUGGCGCUCCUGGCGCUCCAGGACGUGAAGGUGAUGGAGGAAGAAAAGGAAAAGGCCUGGGAGGACGGGAGGUUUAAAUGCGCCAAAGGCAACCUGGGGGAGGUCUUGGCGCUGCUGGCGGCCUGCGGGGACAGGGAGUCGGAGGAGGCGUCGGAGGGGGCUUCGGCCCGCUCGGAGGAGGCGUCGGAGGACGCGGAGAGCGAGGAGUCGGAGCCCGAGGACCCGGCGUCCAGGAAGCCCCGGGUCAAGCGGGCCUGCACGGCCUGCAGGGCCCUGGGUCCCGGCGGGCGGGGCGUGGCUCCUGCCCCGUCGGGGACCCGCAAAACCCUAGGGGGAUGCGGCGGCCCCGGCGGGCAGGACAUCGUUCCCGAGACGAAAGCCCAGGACGAGGCGGCGGGAAGCAAGAAGGGGCGCGCGGGCGCCGGGAGGCAGGCCAAGGCCGGCCAGCCCGGGGCUCAGCCGCUGGCCCGCUCCAAGUCCGCGCGUGGGAAGAAAGGUGGUCUGGGCAGGAGACUGCCCCGCAAGAACUUUAGGGUCACGGCGAGGCUACAGCUGCGGGUGGGGCCCCAGCUCCCAGCUCGCGCCAGCCUCCCCGCCGCUGAGGUGGCUUCCUCUGAACCGUGGCUCCAGCGAUCCCUAUGGAAGAAGGAAGAGCAUAACGGGCGCCCGCGGAGGCAGCGGCCUCAGGUGAUGGGAAGGUCUCAGGACCCACCCAGCGGGAUUGGCUUCGGGGCACCCGGGGUAACACAGGCGUGA